GCAGCGUCACCACAGCCAGAAAAACAAAAUCGAAGGGAACAACAACAGAACACAACAGAACACUACACAUGAUAAUAGGAUAAUGGCAUGGUCACUCACACUGCCACCACCUCCUUCCCUUCCCACCUUCCACCACCACACCACCCACUUUCUUUUUUGCCAUCGAGUACCCUUCACCAGGCUCCGCCACCGCCCAAUCCUUUCUCUUGUUCCCUCUGCUGGGAACAAAGACACCGACCUGCGUGUCUCUUCUCUUCAGGAUCAGCAACGCGAUGACGACGACGACGACAACGAAGAAGAGCCAACCCCUCAGGACCUUCAAUACAUUGCCCAAAUCAAAAGGGUUUUGGAGCUUCUCAAGAAAAACCGGGACAUGAUCUUCGGUGAGGUCAAAUUAACCGUAAUGAUUGAGGACCCCAGAGAAGUUGAGAGAAGAAGAUUACUUGGUAUUGAAUAUUCUGAAGGCCCAGCAAGAGAGGAUCUAGUUGAGGCUUUGGAAGAAGUCAAUGAAGGAAAGAUUCCAAAGAAUAGAGCUGCUCUCCAGAUGCUUGCUGAGGAAUUGGCUUCAUGGCCUAAUAUAGAGGAUGAAGCACCAAAGAAAAAGCGCGGCAAAUCUCUCUAUGCCAAAGCCACUGAUACUGGAAUUGAUCCUGAAGUGGCCGCAAAGAAACUGAACCUUGAUUGGGAUUCAGCUGCUGCUGAAAUUGAAGAGGUGAAUGUCGACGAUGACACACAAGUGCCUCCAGCAGUGGGUUAUGGAGCACUAUAUUUGGUUUCGGCUUUCCCUAUUAUUAUAGGUAUUUCAGUAGUUCUGAUUUUGUUUUACAAUUCCCUACAGUAGGAAUUGUUAUUCCACUCAAAUUCAGUGUAUAAUGUUACACUGUAAUGAAAUGAGCAAGUAAAUCUCAAUGUUCACUGUUUGUUAGCAUAAUUAUAUUGAAAAGCAAAUUUACUUA